CUUCGUGACAGUGAUUUUAACUUGAAAAUUGGUGUCUUGAGUGGUGGACAGAAAAGCCGUGCCGCGCUCGCGAAAUUGCUGCUUGAAGAUCCGGAUUUGUUACUGCUCGACGAACCUACCAACCAUCUGGACAUCAAUGCGAUUGAGUGGUUGGAAAACUUCCUAAAUACCGAAUAUCGAGGGGCGGUCAUCAUCGUUUCUCACGACCGCUACUUUUUGGAUCGCGUUGCCCGCAAGAUUGUCGGGUUACGAAACCACAAGCUCAAGGAGUACCCCGGAAAUUACACAAGAUAUCUCGAAAUCAGACAAACUGAAAAAAUAGCGCAGGAACGGGAAUAUAAAAAGCAGCAACGGUAUAUCGCUCACGAGGAGGACUUUAUCCGUCGCAAUAUGGCUGGGCAACGCACGCGGGAGGCACAAGGCCGGCAGAAGUUGCUCAACCGCCUUGAACGCGUAGAAAAGCCAGAGACCGCUGAGAAAACAAUCAAACUCCGCUUCACGCCGGAUGUACGAGGUGGAAACGACAUUUUGCAGUGUCAGGACUUAGGGAAGCGGUACGGCGAUAAGCAAAUCUUUGAAGACGUGAAUCUGGAGAUCUACCGUCAGGAUGUUGUCGGUGUCAUCGGUCCCAAUGGCGUUGGAAAAACGACCUUGUUCCGAAUGAUCCUCGGAAACGAACUGCCGACUUCAGGGAAGUUGAAGAUUGGGCACAACCUCCAUUUUGGGUACUACGACCAAGAGCUUGCAGGACUCAACCAAGAUAACACAAUUAUUGAUGAGAUUUGGGCGUUGCGUCCAACACAGAAACAGGGGGAGAUUCGCAGUUUUCUCGGACGGUUCCUGUUCUCUGAGGAUGAGGUGUUCAAAUGGAUUGGCGACCUCAGCGGCGGCGAACAGAGCCGCGUCAUGCUCGCUAAGUUGCUCCUCGAAAAUGCAAAUGUUCUCCUGCUUGAUGAGCCGACAAAUCACCUAGACAUACCGUCGCGUGAAGUCCUUGAGGAGGCAUUGGCAGAAUACCCGGCGACCAUUUUUAUGGUUUCUCAUGACCGUUAUUUUCUGAACAAGCUUGUCAACAAACUGUUGGUCUUUGAGAAUGGAACGGCGAAGCUCUUUUUCGGAACUUACGCCGAAUAUGAAGUCCACGUCCGACAGCAGAAGCGAGAGGUAAUGCAAGCUAAGGAGGAAACAGAGAAGGCAAGAAAGGCAGAGCGGCAGGAAAAACAGCAGAGGGAGAGAUUGCGAGUUGCUUCAACUUCAAAGAAAUCGAAAAAGAAACGGCGGGUGAAAGCACAGCGCGUGGCUGAUGUGUGA